AUGGAAAUUGAAGUCCCGAGUCCUGAAAACGGGCCGAAACAGGAUCUCAAUGACAGCGGAUGCGUCCAGGAUACAUCACUGCCUGAUAACGGGUAUGUUAGCAACGUAAAGUUCCUGGAUCUGUCCGAUGAUGCUCUCCUCUACAUCUUCAAGUACUGCGAUCCGAUGACCUUGAAAGCCGUCGGAUACAUUUGUCCACGGCUCGGAGCGUUAGUUUGUGAUCGGACUCUGUGGCAGCGCGUGGACGCUAGAACUACGCCGAUGGGCAAGAAGCGAGUUCGAUGGAUGCUUAACAAUUGCCUCACGGAUAGCACUACUGAGCUCAAGAUAUCUGGAUACGCUAACAAGUUUAGCAGAUGCCUGGGCAUUCAAGACCUGCAAUGGCCUGUUCCAGCUAAAUCGACUGGCAUCGACGUCGAGCAUUUCUUACUGCGUAUGUGGUAUCCUCAUUUACCUCGAAGAGAUAUAAUUCUGGCCAAUCUCGCUGAACAAAGCUACCAACGGCUGCAGUUGUUUGUGGUGCCACCUCGCUGGCCGAAUAAGGCACAACUUGAGAAAAGAGCUCAGAGGCUUGAGGAGGAGCGUAAAACAGAAGCUUCUAGCUCCAAAGAAGGCCCCACCAAAGAAGAGAGGCAGUACGAGGAUGGUUUCCCAAAAGACCUUGAUGAUGGUCUCUCCAAGGACUGUAAGGGACCACAGUUCACUUUCUCCGCGGCAAUUUGGAGGGAUUUACAGAAGACUUGCGAGAAUUUGACCACGCUGUUCAUAGAGUAUUGUAACAUCGAUUAUCGGACGACAAAUGUCCGGCUGUUCCCCAAAAAGCUGAAGAAGUUGUCGAUGCGUGGCACUCGGUGCUACAACUUACCUCUCAAUGUUUCGUACCUGGCUAAAGUCCACGAAGUCCUGCCUGAUCUAGAGUAUCUGGACGUGUCGGAGUGCGAUUGGUUCGAGCCCGCCUCGCUGAUGACUAUAAGCAAGCUCGCCAACCUGACUGAGGUCUACAUGAGGGACUGCAAGCGAUUAACGGAGUGCGUCGCCUACGCUUCGCUCUCGACACGAUACGGAUUCCGAAAGUUACGGGUAUUCGACUCCCGUGGUUCGCCGCUAGCAGACUCCGAGAUAUCGUUGCUGGGUUGGUUACCAGAGCUCGAGGAACUCUACUGCUCGCCCCCAGACGUGUUGAACACCCUGUCUGAACAUACCCACUCCUGGCAAGAGUCUGAAACUGUGUUCCCCGAACUCGACAAAUGGGAGAUUGACGAGCCGGAGUAUUACAGGGCGAAGUCUCCGAGGGUGGCGGAGGAAGAUGAGCGCGACUCCAUCGACACAUCGGAGCGCGUCAGCGAAGUCGUCAGUGGAAACUCCUUUUGGUCCAAUGAGAGACGUGUCAUAGUAAUCCAACCGAACACGGCGCGACUAAUCAACGGUCAAUUCGGGAAUCCGCGCGAGCGACGCGAAGAACCUCAACCGGGCCCUGCUCAACCGGGCCCUGCUCAGCCGGACCCUGCUCAACCGGGCCCAGCUCAACCAGGUCCCUCACCUCAAGCGGGCCCAUCACAAGCGGGCCCGUCUCAACCGGGCCCCUCGGACCAACCAGAAGCGGGUCCAUCGAAACGUCGAGCUGAACCGGAUGAACCAAAUGAUGGUAAACGACCUCGUAUGGGAGAGAAUGAAGAUGACAACGUGGAUGACGAUGAUGAUGACCAGAUUAUACAGAACUCGAAAUUUAGGUGUGUUAACUUUGAGAAUAGGCCUUUUGAGUGUGCGCUCGAUGACCGUGAUCGACUGUCAGCGGAACUAGGGUACAAUGAAGACACGGCUUCGAGGACGAGUAUAGGAUAUCACCUUGUCUCAGACACAGCGAUAGAACGCUUCGGUAGAGCGGCGAAUGAAAAUAUUAACUAUAUCCAUCUAGGCAGGUUUAGGGGCAACCCAAAUGAAAUCCCACCUUUCGAUUAUAGACCUGAUAGGGCUAAUUUGAGGAUCUUAUCAGCGACUGGUUAUAGGCAUAUUACUAAUAGGAGUUUGGAGCAUUUAGCGACCGCAGCGCCGCAUUUACUUCACGUAGAUUUUACUGAUACAGCUGUCACUGCUAAUGGUGUCGAAAUUUUUAAGGCUAUAAGACCAAAUUGUGAGGUUAUUUUCGGACCUCUCGACAGCCAGAAUAAUUAA